CCAUUGAUUUCCAACGCGAUCCACGGUCAGAGUUGCAUCGUCCAAAUUAAGGGUUAGAUAUUCAGAUUUUGCCCUGAUAAAUUACGCUGGUGGUUCACUUCCUCCUUCGACUAAUUAAACAAUUCACAAAUCGUCGUCGCUGAGAAUAAAUAAGAAAAAGUUAAAAUGGCAAGCAGGAUGGGCGAUAGGAUCAAAUACGCGAUGGAUCAUUUAUCGCCGAAGCAACACAUCUCUAUGCUGGCACAACCGAAUUGGAGGAGGGUCCAAAGGAAGGAAGUGCACGCGUUGGCAAACCCAUUUACCAUUAGUCGUACGGCAUUGAAAGCUCGAGCUUCGAAAAGAAUCAGAGUCAUGGCGCGGCCAAAACAUGUCAGCAAAAAAUACGAUUCAACAAGAGCACCGCCCUCCUAUCCGCGAAUUCAUCCAAAGACACUCGAAGCAAAAGUCAGUAAACGCAUCAAUGAUCUGGCGCUUCCGAAAAAGAGAUUUGUAGUGGCGAACAUGGGCUACUCUUCGAUGAGCAACAACUUGGCCGAGACCCUAUGGAAGGUUCAAAACUCGCGGUACCGAAGAUAUCGAUUCUUCUGCAACGCCAGGAAGCAACGUGAAAUGAAGAGGAAACAAAGAAUAAUGGCGAAAUUGCGUCGAGCGAUAAAACCGGAAGACUGGGAUCGACACUUGGAGAUUCUUGACAGAUUGUCUACUCCAAAGGAGACGCCAAUACCUAAGUUACCUUUUAAAAGAAGAAGAUGGAGGCCAGUGAACAUGCGGAGAAUCGAAGAACUGUCGGUGCCAUCGAUGAGGGAGAUGCCACCUCCCAAGGAUCCAUUCACCGUACCUAUAACUGCUCUUACUUACAAGAUCACUAAACGUCUUGACCAAAUUUCACAACCGAGACAACUAGAGGGUGCUGGCUCGGCCCGGAUGCCAGGAGCUGUUUCUCCAGCUGCGUUGGAAGCCGUAGCUUCCCCGAGGACGCUAAUCCUAGCGAAGCCGGUUGAACGGCCUGCAGGAGUGGAGACGGAUCUCAGGAAAGAUGCUUUCAUGGUGUCGCCGACAGCGUUGAAAGCGAGAUGCUCGAGACGACUAAAAUUUUUAGCCAGACCGAAAAGAAGAUGAACUUCGCAUUAAUGGCUAAAACGAAGCAAUCGCUAUCUUCUUGUUUUGUCCUGUAUCGUACAUCGUACAUCGUCCUUCAAUACGCUUCGAUUUGGCACUGAAUUGACGUCAAUUUGAAAGAGAGGGAAGCAAUGAGCUUCGUCGAGAAUCAUACCAUCCCCUGUCAAUUGUUCAAGAUCGUAUCCGCUUCCGUUCUUCGUUGAUUCGAUCGGAAGCUACGAAGGGACAAAUCAAGAAUUUAGAUCAAACUAGAUCCGCUGAAUGCCAACAAACUAUUUACAAGUGAAACAUUCUAUUCUUGCGCGAACGUAAUUUUUUAUUUCUUAUUUAAUUCUUUUAAAUAAUAAAAUAUUCAUAACGCGGGUUAUCGGUAACGAACAUGCCAGUCAGAACAUAGUGAAGGGAAAUGAACUUUAUCGACUCUUUGAUUAUAAGUUUCGUUCAUUAUAACUUAAAAUCUUCUAUGCUGCCGUAUCUUAUGAAACAAGCGAAAGACUGUGAAGAAAGGAGUAAUUAAUCGCCAAGAAAAUAGAAUGCUUUUGAGAGUAUAAAAAGUUGUUAAAAGAAAAGAAAGUCAAGCAGAAAGAAUUUAAUAUGGAAAUAAAUAUUUUACUCUGCCAGUGGUAUUUGAAACUUUCCUUUUUUUAAUAACUCGAUAUUAAAUUAAAAACGUCGAUCAUCAGUGAUCAAAAUGGCAAUCGAGGUGUUAAUAAUCCUGGUAGAACUGUCAAAAAAGGUAGACAUCUUAUUUCUGAAUCUAUCCACGAAACAACGACUAACAAUAGAGCUACAAAUAUUCCAAGCGUAUAAUACUACGUGCGUACGACUCGGUUCAACGCUCGCAGUGCAAAUUCGCGAAGCGGAAAAAAAACGGCUGUUAGCGUAGCUGAAAUUGAAGGGGUAGUUGCGACAGCGAGUAGAGACAGAACCCUUUCCAAAUACACCCACUACCGCAUAACGAAUGGAAUGUAAAUGUAAAGGGUCGAGGACGAGUGGAAUCCUCUUACGAUUCCGUCCACGUUCGGACAUUCUUCUGUCCGUGGCUGUCAGAACGGUCCAGUCGACGGCUCCUCUUCUUCUUUCCCUCCUCUCUCUGCUCUCUACAAUUUCAUGCUUUAAUUCGCAUCUCUCUCUCUCUCUCUCUCUCGGCUUUUCUCUAUAAUACAGCAAAAUUUCAAUUGGACGUCGAGAAAAAUUAAUGGAAAUGAAGGAAUAAUUGUAAUUAAAGCAAAUGUACAAAGACUGCAAACAGUUAUUAACAAAACAUUAAACGAGAGAAACGUGGAAAUACGUUUUUAAAAUUGCUUGCUAAUGCACCAUCGAGUACGAAGCUGAAAGUGUUUGAUAAAUUUAAAUUAUGCAGACAAAUUAAUUAAUUAAGACAUGUGAUAUGUACUUGCUGUUAUUAAUAGAAAUGUUAAUUACUAU